GGGCAGCCGAGGAAUUUAUAGUAAAAAAUUUUGUAAAGGUGAGAGAGACUCGAAGUUCAGGCGGGUCAACUCGACCAAGUGAAAGAAUCCCUUCCAUCAUCUCCCUUCUAUAAAGCCAGCAGGAUCAUCCCAUUUCCCAUCCCCUCACUCUCACGCUAUCUGCACCAUCUUCUAUCUCUUCUCUUCUCCUCCACAUCUGUAACUUUAUCUCUUAACCAGUACAAAAAGCCAAACACAGACACACGAUUUUUCCCUGCAUUUAGUCACCAAAUCUUGUGCUAAACGUGAACUGAAUAUUGCAUACUUUCAUGGGCAGCGUUGAUUUUGUGUACCCUUCCAUGAAUGAUCAUCAAUGUGCUCACCGAGUGGCGAUUCCUCCGCCACAACCAUUUUUCAAGUCAUUCAAGAAUUCUCUCAAGGAGACGUUUUUCCCAGAUGACCCACUUAGGCAAUUCAAGAACAAAACACCCACUCGGAAAUUUAUACUAGGCUUGCAAUAUUUCUUGCCGAUUCUCGAAUGGGCUCCUCGUUACAGCUUACAGUUCUUGAAAGCUGACCUCAUUGCCGGGAUCACUAUCGCCAGUCUUGCAAUCCCUCAGGGUAUUAGCUAUGCAAAGCUUGCUAACUUGCCACCCAUUAUCGGCCUAUAUUCAAGCUUUAUUCCACCACUGAUUUAUGCGAUGAUGGGGAGCUCAAGAGAUUUGGCAGUAGGGACUAUUGCUGUUUCAUCACUUCUCAUAGCUUCUAUGUUGGGGGAGGAAGUGAAUGCUACGGAGAAUCCCUCGCUUUACCUUCACCUUGCUUUCACAGCUACUUUUUUCGCCGGUCUCCUACAAGCUUCCUUAGGCCUGUUAAGGCUAGGGUUCAUCGUGGAUUUUCUUUCACAUGCGACGAUUGUAGGGUACAUGGCAGGGGCAGCCACUAUCGUGUGCUUGCAACAGCUAAAAGGGAUUCUAGGACUUGAUCACUUUACUAAUUCUACCUCCAUUAUAUCAGUCAUGCGCUCUGUCUUCACCCAAACUCAUGAGUGGAGAUGGGAGAGUGGUGUCUUGGGCGUUGUUUUCCUCUUCUUCCUCCUCAUCACCAAAUAUUUCAGCAAAAGACGACCCAAGUUCUUUUGGAUAUCUGCAAUGGCACCUUUGGCAUCGGUCAUUUUUGGAAGUCUUCUCGUUUAUCUCACCCAUGCGGAAAAACAUGGUGUUCAAGUGAUAGGAAACCUGAAGAAGGGGUUGAAUCCACCGUCUUUUGGGGAUUUUGUAUUUACCUCGCCCUAUAUGUCAACAGCUGUGAAAACUGGCAUGAUCACUGGCAUCGUUGCUCUUGCUGAAGGAGUGGCAGUGGGGAGAAGUUUUGCUAUGUUCAAGCACUACCAUAUUGAUGGGAACAAGGAAAUGGUAGCUAUUGGGACCAUGAAUAUUGUUGGUUCGUGCUUUUCUUGCUAUCUCACAACAGGGCCAUUUUCGCGAUCAGCUGUUAACUUCAAUGCAGGAUGCAAAACAGCAAUGUCGAACGUUAUCAUGGCCAUUGCAGUUAUGUUCACAUUGCUGUUCCUAACACCAUUGUUCCAUUACACUCCCCUCGUUGUGUUGUCUGCAAUUAUAAUGGCUGCAAUGCUUGGCCUCAUUGAUUAUGAAGCUGCAAUCCAUCUUUGGAAGGUUGAUAAAUUUGAUUUUGUGGUGUGUAUGGGUGCAUAUAUCGGUGUCGUUUUCGCAAGCGUGGAGGUUGGCUUAGUCAUAGCGGUUGCAAUUUCUUUGCUCAGGUUGCUACUGUUUGUUGCGAGGCCAAGGACCUUUGUUCUUGGAAACAUUCCAAAUUCCACCAUCUAUAGAAAUGUUGAUCAAUAUCCAAAUACAAACAAUGUUCCUGGUGUUCUUAUACUUGAAAUAGAUGCUCCAAUUUACUUUGCCAACUCAAGCUACUUAAGGGAAAGGAUCUCAAGGUGGAUUGAUGAAGAGGAAGACAAGCUGAAAUCUACAGGGGAAACGGGCUUACAGUAUGUUAUACUUGAUAUGAGUGCUGUUGGCAACAUUGACACCAGUGGCACAAGCAUGCUUGAAGAGGUCAAGAAAACUACUGAUAGAAGGGGGCUCAAGCUUGUAUUGGCCAAUCCUGGAGCUGAAGUGAUGAAGAAACUCAACAAAUCCAAGUUCCUAGAAAACAUAGGUGAAGAUUGGAUAUAUUUGACGGUAGGAGAAGCUGUUGAAGCCUGCAAUCACAAGCUUCAUACAUGCAAACCAGACUCCACCAAAGAGGAAACACAGCCAUUGAACAAUGUCUAAGCUAAUAUUUGAUGCAGCAGAAACAUGAAUUUUUUUUUAUUAGUUUUUAAUUAAAGGCUAACUAUGUAUAAGUAUAAUUCACUUGUGAAUCUGAGAAUCAGGAAGCAAAGCAUGUUGGGCAAUGGGCAUCAUUGAAUCAACAAGAAAUGAUUCAAUAGCCAAAUUAAGCUCAGAUGCCUCAGUUUUUCCUCUUCCCCCAAUAUGAAAGUUGUUGGAUACAUAUCAUGGCAAUGAAAUUUUUAAAACAAAAAAGGCAUCUUGGAAUGCUGUUGACAAUAUUACUGCCUAAACAAGUUUUCCAACUAAGCCAUUAAUGCAUUAUGUAAUUUUGCUUAGAUUAGAAUUACAGUUACUAUCUCUCCUUUGGGGAAAACUUGGCA